AUGUCUCCUGGGCCCCCAACCCUCCCCUGGAUAGAUGGCGGCCGAGGUCUGGCAGGGGCCCUGGACUCCCUGGUGAGGGGGGCAGUGUGUGCCCCACAGACGGAGAGAUUGACAGCCGAACGGAUCAAGGAGUACAAGGGGGUGUUCGAGAUGUUGGACGAGGAAGGCAAUGGAGAGGUGAAGACGGGAGAGCUGGAGCAGCUCAUGAGUCUGCUGGGCAUCAAUCCCACCAAGAGCGAGCUCGCCUCUAUGGCCAAGGACGUGGACAGAGACAACAAAGGGUUUUUCAACUGCGACGGCUUCCUGGUGCUGAUGGGCAUUUACCACAAGAAAGCCCAGAACCAGGAGAGUGAGCUGAGGGCGGCCUUCUGAGUCUUUGACAAGGAGAGCAAGGGCUACAUUGACUGGAACGCGCUCAAGUAUGUGCUCAUGAACGCGGGUGAGCCCCUCAGUGAGGUAGAGGCCGAGCAGAUGAUGAAGGAGGCCGACAAGGAUGGGAAUGGGACCAUCGACUACAAGGAGUUUGUGGCCAUGAUGACCGGAGAGUCCUUCAAGCUGGUUCAGUAG